UCCAAACGCGUUUAAGUUUUCAAACUCGCUUUCUCUAUAUAUAUCCAAAACCCUAAGGAGGCAUUUUGUAUACAAUUCACUUGCGUUUAACUUUCAAAAGAGGGAAGGAAAAGGAGAGAAGCUGCUAGCAAUGAAGGGAAAGGCAAAACACGUAGUAGGAGGAGGGGGAGAAGAGAGCAUGAAGUACAGCAAUAACAAUGGCGGAGUGGCAUGGUCAAGAGGGCCACUUCUUGGCAAAGGAGGGUUUGGAUCAGUUUAUUUAGCAAGUUUAAAGAGCCCCAAAUCAAGAAAUGGCUAUUAUCCUCCAGUUAUGGCUGUCAAGUCUGCAGAGGUCUCUGCUUCUUGUUCACUUCAAAAGGAGAAAGAGGUAUUUAACUGUCUCAAUGGCUGUCCUUUUAUUAUCAAGUGUUUUGGUGAAGAAACUACUAGGGAUGGAGGUGGUGAGAUGUUUUAUAAUGUGUUGUUAGAGUAUGCAUCAGGAGGGACCUUAGCUGGUCUUAUCAAGAAAUCUGAUGGUGUUGGUUUGCCUGAAUUGGAUGUGAAAAGAUACACUAGGUCUAUUCUUGAAGGGAUCCAUUAUAUUCAUAGCCAUGGUUAUGUGCAUUGUGAUCUCAAGCCUGAGAAUAUUUUGCUUGUUUCCAGUAGUACGAAGGCAGGUGAAUUUGUGGCAAAGAUUGGGGAUUUUGGGUUGGCAAAGAAAUCAGAGAAGAGGAACAAGAAAAGGAAAAUCGACCCUUAUUUAAGAGGGACUACUUUGUACAUGGCACCAGAGACUGUGGCUAAUCAUGUUCAAGAGCCUCCUUGUGACAUAUGGGCUCUUGGAUGUGUUGUGCUUGAGAUGCUUACUGGCAAGCAAGCUUGGGAUGUGAAACCUGAUGUUACUAUUGAAGAACUAAAGAGAAAGAUUGGUGAUGGAUAUGAAUUGCCUAAAAUGCCUUCAGAGGUUUCGAAGGAUGCCAAGGAUUUCUUGAAAAGGUGUUUUGUUGCCAACCCUAUGUUCAGGUUUACUGCUGAGAUGUUGCUGGAUGAACCUUUUGUGUCAGGAGUGGAUUUAGAUGGUGGUGAAUUUGUGGAGACUUUGGAUGCAGAAAGUGUGGAAUGGACAGACACAUUAUGCGGGACAGAUGAUGAAUUUAGUGGCUCCUCAUUUUAUGAAGAGUGGAGCUUCACAUCAGAUGAGGGUUCAUGUUUCUCUCCUUGGUCUGAUGAUGAAGAGGGUAUUACCAGUAAUGUUGAUGCAAUGACGCAUGCAUCACGGGUUGAAGAAAAUGCAGUGCAGCAGUAUCUGCCAACCUGCACUAUCCCUGCUGGUGCAUAGGAGUGAAGUAAUGCAGACUUUUCAGUCAAAUAGGUCUAGGUUGAAAUUCAAUGUUGAGGAUUCUUUCAUUUUUUCUGCGUAUUGCAGUAGAUUACAAGAUAAUUUUGUCCUUGUAAUCAAUGAUUCGUUUAUUGUAGUUAGCAAUAUUAAUGGAAGAACUAUGUUAUUGAUUAA